UUGAACCUCUUUAGAUUCAUUGAUAAAACUUGAAAAAACAGAGUGAGAACAUUGAAGUGACCGCCCAAUUCCAAAAAAUGCAUACAUUGGAAUUAUCAUCUCCUCCAACAAUGCACAAGGCCAGCCAUCAACUUCCUUAUAUAUGCACUCAAUCAUUCAUAACCUUUCAAGUUCUCAAUCAAAUUUCUUGCUGAUUUAAUUUCUUGAAUUGUUUCCAUGGCUAGUUUCAUUGCAUCCCCUACAUGUCCCCUUGCCACCCUCCCUAGAGUCUGCCUCCCCAGGAGCCAGCAAACGAGCUACUCCGUCAAUGGAGGUCCUUCGUUUUCGGGGCUAAAACGUGUGCCGAAAAUCGAAUUUUUGAAGGCAGCUACCAUUUUUUCUACUAGGUCUAAAAGCUCUAAGACUACCAUUUCUUGCUCUGCUGCACCUGAAACCCUAGAAAUAGUUCAGACCACCAUUGCGAAUCAAUUGUCUAUUGAAGUAAGCACAGUUACUCCUGCAACCAAGUUUGCUGACUUGGGAGCCGACUCCCUCGACACGGUGGAGAUUAUGAUGGCUUUGGAAGAACAAUUUGAAGUGUCGAUCGGAGAAGGUGGAGCAGAGAACAUUGUUACCGUUCAAGAUGCUGCGGAUCUCAUUCAGAAAGUGCAGGCAGCUUCUGCUUAAAUGAUUAGAUUUUGAUCAUAAUUUCAUAAAAGCUACAAGAAAAUUCCUAUUUGCAGCAAAUUUUAUCCUUUUUUUCUGUUUUGAGUUAAUUCUAAGACUGUAACCGAGUUAUUUUGUUACUUCUUUUGAAAAGGAGUAUAAUUUAUUUUUUAGCCUAA